GCAGCAGGAACAUGCAGGGACACUAGCCUCCAACGACCCCCCCCGGUGCUGCACACCAAGUCCCCUCCUCUGGUUCUCCAGGAACUCUGGUUCUCCAGGAACCAGGGUCCUCGCUCGGCUGGAUUUCACGUUCUCUUCUGGGUUCCUCUCGCUCCUCCUUAGUCCUUGGUGGUCCUCGGAGAUGGAGUGGAGUGCUGAUCUUGGGGGUUUCGUCUCUGGGACGGAGUUCUUUGAACCAAAAACGAUGAGGAAGAGGGGGAGACUGCUCUCUGCAGGCUGCUGUGGAUAGCUUGAUGGAUCCGCGGUUCGAGUUUUUGUUGAUUUAUCAUUUGUUUUGUGGUUGCUAUAUGCAAUAUGGUGCGUCUUUUGUGGUUUAAUGUUUUUUGUGUCUUAAUUGUGUAAAAGAAAAUCUAUAAACAGGGUAAUGGUGAUUUCACAUGUAGAGGAAUAUGGUUUGAUUAUUGUUUUGACGUUAAAUAGUUGAUAUGCAUUCUGGGCUGACUACUAGAUUCAGCUCUAGUUUGUAUAUUUUGAGGAUUGGCAGAAACCUUAAAAGUCAUUUUUUGAUUUUGAGAAGAUACAUUUUUAGAUGCAAAUCUCACUUGUGGAACGGUAAGACUGUAGUGAUGGGCGAAAAAAGUAAUUUCUUGGCAGACAAACGUUAAUAAGGUUAUUUUACAGCUGUGUGUGAGUGAGUCUAUAAACAUUAUGAAUCGUAUGAGAAGAAAAAGCAAUAACCUGUUAGGAGCCAAGAAAUGACAGCGAAAAUCUAUCUUAUUAUACCCAGUGCAUAAUAAUAAUAGAACAGAUACCCCAAAGGUUCUCCUUUUAAAUCAUCAGACGGCCCUGCGACGCUGGUUAGAAGGUUUGCCUCAUGGUCCAUGGACCCAAUCACAAUAUAAUGCUGCUGAAAGACAUUUUAGCAUUAACGUGUCGAAGAGGAAUAGAAAGAGAAAACGUUGACUUAGUACCUUGAGGUAUGCAUAAUCCUAUGAAUUAGGUUUUACCUGGCCUUAAUCUCAAUCCCAGUCUCAAAGGGUUUUUCGAAGGACCCCCCCCCCCCCUCGAUAUAACUGCCCUUAAUGUGUUAUUUGUUUAUUCAUAUGCAAAGCGUAAAAGAGGAAUUGGCCUGUCAUGUGAGAUGGAGGUUAUGGUUGUGAGCUAUGGGGAUAUCAUGUGAUUUCUGAACUUGGGGCUGGUUAAAAGCAUUUCCCAGUAGUCUCUUCAGUAGUUUUUCAGAGAUCAGUAACACAGUUGCACUCCAGAGCUGCUUCUAAAAGAAUCACAGGAUGCAUUGGGUAAGCCUCCUCUUGUCGGCCCUGUCCGUCACCUGGGCUAAGCCCCGCCUGCCCCUCCUCUCCUUGCAGAUGAUUGACGUCGUCAACGAAUCGAACACCACCUGGAAGGCUGGGCAGAAUUUCCACAAUGUGGACAUGAGCUACGUGAAGAGUCUGUGCGGGACGCUGCUCGGUGGGCCCAGACUGCCGGAGGUGAUGCACUCUGUUGAGGCUCUGGGGCUGCCCAUCAGCUUCGACUCUCGCGAGCAGUGGCCCAACUGCCCCACCAUCCAACAGAUCAGAGACCAGGGAUGCUGUGGCUCCUGCUGGGCCUUUGGGGCAGUGGAGGCCAUGUCUGACAGGUUAUGUAUCGUGACCAAAGGGAAGGUGUCAGUGGAGAUCUCUGCUGAAGAUCUGCUGACCUGCUGCAAUGAGUGUGGCAUGGGGUGUAAUGGGGGCUUUCCGGCGUUAGCCUGGGAUUACUGGACUAGCGACGGUAUUGUGACUGGGGGUUCGUACAACUCUAAAGUAGGCUGUGUUCCCUAUACCAUCGGUCCUUGUGAGCACCAUGUGAACGGGUCCCGCCCCCCCUGCACUAUGGGCCCCACCCCCAAGUGUACUAUGCAGUGCAUCGAUGGAUACCCGGUCCCCUACGAGAAAGACAAACACAUGGGUCAGAAAGCGUACAGCGUCUCCCCUGAACCGGAGCAGAUCAUGGCCGAGUUGUACCAGAACGGACCCGUAGAGGCAUCCUUCCUGGUCUUUGAAGAUUUUCUUCAGUACAAGAGUGGUGUGUACCAGAGAGUCUCAGGGAAUUAUCUGGGGGGCCACGCCAUUAAGAUCCUGGGCUGGGGGGAGGAGAACGGGACCCCCUACUGGCUGGCGGCCAACUCCUGGAACACCGACUGGGGAGACAAAGGUUUUUUCAAGAUAAAGCGUGGGAACAAUGAGUGUGGCAUCGAGUCCGGGAUCGUGGCGGGAACUCCACUCAUCUAGUGCACAAAAUGAUGAGACACCUUCCAGACCGCUUUUAAAACGAAUUAUAGUACAACCAAUUAUGAUUUGUUGAUGUUGUGAAUUAAACAUGUCAUAAAAUGGCCAAACCAUCAACCAUCAGAUUAGAAUGAUGAAUAAUGUAUUAUCUUUCAUAAUGCAUGACUGAACAAAGUUGAGAUUUUGAGGACAUGAACUGCAUUGAAAUUACACAUUAAUAAUAGAUUUACAUUACAUUCCUCUCUUUCUCUCUGUGAUUGGUCAAAUCUUGAGCCAAUGGAGUACACCUUUGAUGACAAAAGAUCCCCAAAAAUAAGAAAAACCCAGAUGAUUCUCCACCAAACAGUUAAUUGGACUGAUCCUUUUGAGAGCAAAUGUACAACCAAAGAUGAAAUAUAUUUACACAUCUUCAUUGUAUAAGAUCCCCUCUCAGGGGGCCUACGAAACCUCUCAGCCCUAGGGCCCAAGGGCAGGUUAAUGCAGGCCUGACCAGGAGAGUGAACGCGCCUAAAAACAAUUCUUAUUUCUUCAUAAAUAUAAAUAUUGAAUAGUUUAUUCAUAUGUUUAUGGUUGUCGCCGUCCGAAAACGAGAAACGGCGAUUUAUUUAAAAAGGUGACGCAGAAGAUGGAGGAAGCCAGUGUCAUGCCAUUACCCCCUAUAAGAAGUGUAUCAUCAUGAACAUGCAUUCAGUAUACACUACGCUUCGAUAUCACCCAAGGCUUAAUUAAAAGCAGUGUGCAAAAUACGGGGGGGGCUCGACCCCCCCUGAUUUACCAAUGAGACCCCCUGAAAGCUUCAAAAGCGAAAUUUGAGAGGGGGCUCAAAUUUUGUCAUAAAAAUAAUAAAAA